UCCGCCGGCGUCCGCCUAUGCGCGGCGCUGCGUGAGCUGCUGGUGAAGGAGGCGGCGUUGGCCCUGCCACGUUUGGGUUGCGGUUCCCGGCUCUGGCGCGGGCGGUGCAAGAGGAGGUGGGGCUGGCGCUGAAGCCGGAUCCGGAUCCGGUGCCUUGUAGCUGGGUGGAGGAGAGUCCCACGCGUGCGAGGAGGAGCACCAACGGUUGGGCCUCUGCAGCAUAUUAGUUGGACACCAGCAGAUCUGCAUACCUGAAAAAAACAAUAUUUUUUGCCCAUCUUUCACAUGAGAUUUUAUACAGCAGCUUCAAUGGUCCAACUACCAGGGACAAAUACUAAAAUGCAUGCCUAUGAAAAACCUGUUUAGGAUGGAUGACCUUACUGGAAAGAUGAAACCUGAUGAAACGCCAAUGUUUGACCCAAGUCUACUCAAAGAAGUGGACUGGAGUCAGAAUACAGCAACAUUUUCUCCAGCCAUUUCUCCAACACAUCCCGGAGAAGGUUUGGUUCUGAGGCCUCUUUGCACUGCUGACUUAAAUAGAGGGUUUUUUAAGGUACUGGGUCAGCUAACAGAGACUGGAGUUGUCAACCCUGAACAGUUUAUGAAAUCUUUUGAGCAUAUGAAGAAAUCUGGGGAUUAUUAUGUUACAGUUGUGGAAGAUGUGACUGUAGGACAGAUUGUUGCUACAGCAACUCUGAUAAUAGAACAUAAAUUCAUCCAUUCCUGUGCUAAGAGAGGAAGAGUAGAAGAUGUUGUUGUUAGUGAUGAAUGCAGAGGAAAGCAGCUUGGCAAAUUGUUAUUAUCAACUCUUACUUUGCUAAGCAAGAAACUGAACUGUUAUAAGAUCACUCUUGAAUGUCUACCAGAAAAUGUUGGUUUCUACAAGAAGUUUGGAUAUACAGUAUCUGAAGAAAACUACAUGUGUCGGAGGUUUCUACAGUAAAAAUCUUGAGGAUCUAAUGCUACAGCACUUCAUUCUUCCUAGAAUAAAAAAACAUUUUUGUUACUGCAACCCAGUGACCUCCAUGAUGCUGGACUGAAAAAACAUUGGACUACUACAAGUUUAAUGACAUUUAGAAGAUUACUUUAAGAUGGUGGGACAGUCUGUGAGUUUAGAUUACAAAUGAAUAUUAUCAAAGGGGAUGAUUUUUAACCAAAGGAAUAUAUUUUUAACUUGAAUCUUUUCUUGCAUUGUAUUUUUCUAAAGUUUGGCUUCAUUUCUUGAUAGUCAAGAGUAUGGGUAGUAAGGAGUUAUAGGUCUGCUGUCUUUGCUGCUCAUUUUUAAAAAGUAUACAUUCACAAAAUUAAAUAUUUUGUUUCAAAGAAACAUCUAAAUAAACCUAGAGGUGUAUCAUUUCUCACAUAUUAUAGGAAGUUGGAUAAAUUACUUAGAACUAAGUUUGUCCAUCUUAAUGUUGGCAAACAACUUUGUCAACAUUGUAAAGAAAGAAAAAUUAGCUUAUAAAAUGUGACAAGACUUUAAGUACAGUAGUUUAAAUGUUUCAGUAAAAGUUCAUACUGUUCCUAUGGAGGUCAAGUACCACCUGUCUUACUGUAAAACAAUAAAUUUGCCCAAGGGCAAAUAAAACAGGCCAUCCAAGGUACGCUUUUGUGGAAUUGUGUGUGGUACUAGUGAUUGAACCCAAGGUAAAGUACCUUUUUAAUAGUGAACUAGCAACUCUAGGCAUAUCCCAGUUUCUCUUUUCAUGGGUAUCUGAAACCUUUCUUUUGUCAAACAUUUUUAUGAAACAUGGACAGAUUAUAAAAUUUGAGUGAUAUUUAAAAAUGUAUGGUACUAUAAUUGCCACAUUGUUAAAAUACUGAUGGAAGCUUUUAUAUUUAAUGUGAUUAUAAUGGUACUAUUAUUCUGAUCACUAUCUUGUUUUGAUUUUAUUUAUUUCAAUUAUUUUUUAAAGUUGAAGAAUUAGAUAAUUAAUGGUUCUAAUCUUUUGCAUUCCAUAUUACAUUAAACCUGUUCAUAUAAAUUAUUAAAA